AUCAUUUACCAUUCCACCAUGUUUUUUUUCUUUUUAAUUAAAACCAAUUACCCAUAAAUCACAUUCUUGUUUGAGUUGUUUUCUACCUCCCUUCCUCCUCCAAUACAAACUCUGUUUCCCUCUAUAUAUAUAGAGAGAACUCAACAUUCUCAAUAACCCAAAAAAAGAUUAAGACAAAGCAAAAAAUGGCUUUUUCCAUCAGGACGUGUUUGAUUUUUCUUCUUACAUUCGUUGUUCUUUCAUCUGCACUUGACAUGUCCAUUAUCAGUUACGACGAAAAGCAUGGAGAUUUAGGAACAACACAUGAUCGUACAGAUGAUGAAGUCAAAGGAUUAUACGAAUCUUGGCUUGUUAAACACGGAAAGAAUUACAAUGCCAUUGGUGAGAAAGAAAAAAGAUUUGAGAUUUUUAAGGAUAAUUUAAGAUUCAUCGAUGAACAUAACAACGCUGAAACACAACCAUAUAAACUUGGUUUGAAUAGAUUUUCUGAUCUUACCAAUGAAGAAUACCGUGCCAUGUACGUGGGUGGUAGGUUAGAUAGAAAAACAAGGUUGUUGAAGAAACCUAAAAGCGACCGUUAUGGUUUUAGGGAAGGUGAAGAGUUACCGGAAAACGUUGAUUGGAGAGAAAAAGGUGCUGUUAACCCUGUUAAAGAUCAAGGCCAAUGCGGGAGUUGCUGGGCAUUCUCAACGGUUGGUGCUGUUGAAGGAAUAAAUCAAAUUGUAACCGGUGAAUUAAUUUCCCUAUCAGAGCAAGAGCUUGUUGAUUGUGACAAGAGUUAUAACCAGGGAUGUAACGGCGGUCUCAUGGACUACGCCUUUGAAUUCAUUAAAAACAACGGUGGCAUUGACACUGAAGAUGACUAUCCUUACCAUGCUCAAGAUGGUACUUGUGAUUCAAACAGGAAAAAUGCCCGGGUUGUCUCCAUUGAUGGAUACGAAGAUGUUCCAGAAAACGAUGAGAAGUCGUUGAUGAAGGCUGUGGCAAAUCAACCAGUUAGUGUUGCUAUUGAAGCUGGUGGCAGAGCUUUCCAGCACUACUCUUCGGGUGUUUUCACUGGAUAUUGUGGAACACAACUAGACCACGGUGUAGUUGUAGUUGGCUACGGAACAGAAAAUGGUUCAGAUUACUGGAUUGUGAGGAAUUCGUGGGGUCCUAACUGGGGAGAAAGCGGAUACAUUAGGCUCGAGCGCAAUUUUGCUAAUAGCACUAGUGGAAAGUGUGGAAUUGCAAUGGAGCCCUCUUACCCUCUUAAAAAUGGCGCGAAUCCUCCUAAUCCUGGUCCAUCUCCUCCUAGUCCUGUAACACCACCAACUGUUUGUGACGAGUACUAUAGCUGCCCCGAGGGCACUACUUGCUGCUGCAUUUAUCGGUAUGGCGAAUACUGUUUUGGCUGGGGAUGCUGUCCUUAUGAGUCUGCUACCUGCUGUGAUGACAAUUACAGCUGCUGUCCGCAGGAUUAUCCUGUCUGUGAUGUUGAUGCAGGCACUUGCCUAAUGAGCAAGGAUAAUCCAUUGAAGGUAAAAGCAAUGAAGCGAGGUCCUGCUAGAGUGAACUGGUCAGGAGUGAAAUCUAACAGGAAAGUGAGUUAUGCUUGAGUAAUUUAGGAUCUGGAGGUGAAGCAGGCAAGGGCUUAUGUUUAGAAGAGCUGCUCAAUAUGUGGUCUGAGGCAGAGGGGCUGUUGCUAGCAUAUGUUGAUUGGUUUAGAUGGUAGGCGUUGUUUUUUAUUGGACAAAUUUUACUAAUGUGUAAAUAUUCAUCAUCUUUGAAUUUCUGAAUGAAAAUUUGAGUACUGAUUGAUAGA